AUGGAUACAGCAGUAUCCAAUCCAUCGGUGGCCAUGGCACAGGGCCAGAAGCAAGCAAUCCACCCUUUUUUCCAACAAGAGCUUGCAGUCUCAGAGAAAACUGGAGGGCCAAAUGCCUCUAGCAAUUCGAUUGAAACGAGCACCGAUAUAUUUACUCUUCCCUCGGUCCAAGGCCAGCAGGACCUCGAAGUGCACCGACACCGAAAGGCAACACCCUCUCCAAAUCCAUCACAACACCCAAAGGAACACGAAAAUAAGAAUCCCUUGAGUCCAGAGGAGGACCUCAAUGCAAGCCGAAGAAAACGACGAAAGAACGAUAAGACCAAGAACGUUGAACAUGAUGGCUCUCGGAAAGCUGGUUUAUCGGGAUGGCUUGGGAAGGAUAUUUUAGUGCCAGAGCCAGAACCACCGACCGUUCUUACACCAGAAAUCGCGACAAAUGAUCUGCCAGUCUCCCUCGCAUUAAACGGACCUCAAAACCCCCAUACCCAAGAAACGAUAUCGGCCGAACCGUUAGCAUUGACAAAAACCUUGGAUCCAAACCGCAAAAUCCUCAAGCUGAACUCGAAUGGGAGAUUGCGGAGCUCGCCUCCUCAAAACCCCCAAACAACGGUUGACCAGACUCGGAAAGCUCCCAAACGUGGUCGACCUCAAAAACCUCCAAGCAAAUUGGUCAUUAUUGGAUACAGCGUGGCUGGAGAAAGGAACAUUGGCCAAUUGAUUGACGAUAUUCUCAGUGGGAAGCAUAUCACUACCCCGAGGGUACUUACACCACCGCAAAAAUUGAUUGUUCGCCCACAAACCAACGUAAACAAGCCAACGCACCCGUUCUUUUCCAAAAAGCCCCCUCAAAAGACCCUCACUGAGGUCGAACCGCCUAUUUCGACCGCGAACCCCAGGCUACCUCUUAAAUCCAACUCAUCAUCAACGAUCGAGCAAAGAAACUUCCUACCUUCGGCAUCACUAUUUGGCCGUUCGAAGGCGAAGUUUCCUGAACUUGUUCAUCCAUUAUGGCCCCCGCGAGAAUUGGUUCACGUCAGGUACAAUGCGUCACACUCGGAUAUCUCUACCUCUGUGCCCACUGUAUCUCAGCAUGAUCGCAAGAAAGCCAAACUACCAACUAUCGUGAUCAAUGAUGGUGAAAAUGCCACCCUUGCGAGCACUGCAUUGGCACGAACAGCUGGCCAGAAGAGUUUGGAAGAAGGUUUCAGUCACCGCCCAGCGCUUCGCCUUCCAGCUCGACAUAAUGCUAGUGGAAAAGUUCUGGAAGGCGGGAUUAUGACCCAGUUGUCUUGCCCUUUGCCUGGUGAACCUCCCAUCAUCCACCCCCCAUCUAUCGCCAAACUCCGUUUAAGUCUACAUGAUUCCUUUUCCGCUUUUGACUCCGGUAAAUAUGAAUCUCAACUAUGGCCACAAAAGUAUGCUCCAAAAUCAGCCGAGGACGUUCUGCAGAUUGGGCGUGAGCCACAAGUGCUACGGGACUGGCUCCGUCAUCAUAAGAUCACCGCGGUAGACACAGGAAAGUCUUCACACGAGAACAAGAAGUCAAAGUCAAAGCCUGAAAAGAAACGGAAAAAGCGACAGAAAGCAGAAAAGCUCGAUGGAUUUAUUGUCUCCAGCGAAGAAGAGGCAUCCGAAAUGGAUAAUCUCUCUGGCUCGGAUGAUGAGCUGGCUGGCGGAGUGACUGUUUCCGCCCCUCGAACUGUUGUACGAUCUGGAGAUAUAGGUCUAGGCUCCGAAAAUGCUUCUGGUAAGGCUCAACUCACCAACGCCAUCCUUUUAAGUGGCCCUCCUGGCUGCGGAAAAACCGCCUCUGUGUAUGCCAUCGCCAAAGAGCUUGACUUUGAAGUAUUUGAGAUCAACCCCGGUAGCCGUCGAAGUGGCAGAGACAUGCUGGAAAAAGUGGGUGACAUGACACGAAAUCAUCUUGUUCACCUUCUUAACGAAUGCGACGAAUCCUCUGCCAAGCCGCGAGAUAUUGCGGUAAACGAACCGAAGCAAAACAAAUUGAUGGGCUUCUUCAAAGGCCAACCUUCAAAAACAGAGAAACAAAGCGAUAUAAGAGCAACUGCUACCAAUGAGCCUGAGAGUGACCAGAAGCCUCGGGAACAAAAGCAAUCUUUAAUUCUUCUAGAGGAAGCAGAUAUACUUUUUGAAGAAGACAAGCAGUUUUGGACAGGAGUUUUCACCCUCAUCAGCCAGUCCCGCCGCCCGAUCAUUAUCACUUGCAACAAUGAGAGCUUGAUUCCCAUUCAAGAAAUGUCAUUACACGCCAUACUACGCUAUCAGACACCGCAUCCAAAUUUUGCUCUCGACUACUUGCUUCUCGUUGCUGCCCAUGAAGGGCAUUGCCUGAAGCGGAAGGAUGUGAGUAAGCUUUACGCUGGAUCUGGCUGUGACAUCCGGCGAGCUCUCAUGGACCUCAACUUUUGGUGUCAGAUUGGUGUUGGCAGUGAAAAAGCAGGUCUCGACUGGAUCUUGCCCUUUUGGCCACCAGAAAAGAAUGUUGACCGUGAAGGUGAUCGCAUUCGAGUGCUGAGUCUCAAUUCAUAUCAAUCAUGUAUGGGUUGGUUCAAUCGGGAUCUUUUCCUCGCUGAAUCUCCUCUGGCAAAAGAGGCCGAGGCCUUGCGGAACACCUCUCAAUGGUUCCGCCUUGGACUUCAAGAUAUAGAAGAUGCGAGUGGAUCUACCAAUGCAGAGCUCUUGUCUUCUGCUGAAUUCUCCUCAAAGUCUAAGGUCGAGCAACUAGAGUUGCUAAUCGAUGAGUUGGAUUACUGCGAGAUGAGAAGCUCCCUUGAUAUUCUUUGCUCGGGAUGUUCCUAUAAUAAGUUCGAUGAUAUUCUUGACACUAGCGCUCCGCCAAUGCUCGAGUCUCACCGAUCAAACUACGUUGACGCUCAUCCACUCCUCCAAUCGGAUCUACUUCCUGAAUAUAACGCCUUGAGGGAGGAUAUCAGCACAACGACUGCCGCUUUGAUAUCUCGUACUUUCCGUCCCACUGACGAAGACGUUGAAUCUGUCUCCAUUGACCGAAUCUCUGAAGGUUGGGCCCAGAUAGCGGAAAGACGGCAGGUUACCCCAUCUGACUACACCGGAUUUCAAAGAGUUUUUGGGCCUAUAAUGCGGGCUCGGCACAGUACAUCAACAGGUCGCCUAGCACCAUCGUUUGAAAACGGCCUUGCCGCCAUCACCGAAGAUCUUGCGCCAUACAUUCGUGGAAUUAUGUCAUUUGAUGGUCGUCUCAAGACAUACCGUGAUAGUCUUCAUGCAAUCUGGGCCGAGGAGCAGGGGCGGGGAGAUGUUCGGGCGAGAACCACCCGGGCUAGUCGAGCCGCGCUCGAAGGAAGCGAUAAAGCAUUCACACGAAAGGAGAGAUGGUUCCCCGAUGAAACCAAUUAUUUCCACGUGCAAGGCACCGGUGAGCCCGAGUGGCAGGAUGCCUUAUUCCAGAUGGGCCAUUUCCAAGUGAUGAAUCAUCUACAAGUGCAGGAAAGUCUGCCGGCGAAGGUGAACCCAAGCACCCCAGAUGGUGUCUAG